CAGACGGUGCUUUAUUGUCGCGGCUCUGGUCAUAAAGCGCGGCUCCAGCAGGCGGAAAUCCUUCGACAGCGGAAGCGCGGCCACUGUGUCGGCUGGACGCUUGUUUCUUCGUCUUGUUUGCUCAGCGCCGCUCGCCUCGGGACCCGUGUGUCGGGGACUCGGUUCCUAAAGCGCCGGAGAGGCUGCUGCUGCUGCUGCUGGAGCGGAGCCGGGUCUCUGGAGCCGAGCCUCCGUUGUGUCCGCGGCUUUAGCAGUUAGCAUCACCUGUCACCGCUCCGUUGAAUGAAGCGCUGCCUCGCGCCUACAUGCCCGAAGCAGGCCCGAGGAUGAAUGGCUUCUCCCUGGGCGAACUCUGCUGGUUCUUCUGCUGCCCGCCGUGCCCCAGUCGCAUCGCGGCCAAGCUCGCCUUCCUCCCGCCGGAGCCCAGCUACUCGGUGCACACGGACGCCGGCGGCGCCAGCAGCCUGCGCCUGACGGAGCGCGCGGACUGGCAGUACUCCCAGCGCGAGCUGGAGGCCGUGGAGGUGUUCACCACCCGCAGCAGCCGGGGGAACCGCGUGGGCUGCAUGUUCGUGCGCUGCGCCCCCGGCAGCCGCUACACGCUGCUCUUCUCCCACGGCAACGCCGUGGACCUGGGCCAGAUGUGCAGCUUCUACAUCGGCCUGGGCUCCAGGAUCAACUGCAACGUGUUCUCCUACGACUACUCGGGAUAUGGGGUCAGCACGGGCAGGCCGUCCGAGAAGAACCUGUACGCGGACAUCGAGGCGGCCUGGCAGGUCCUGAGGACCAAAUACGGUGUCAUGCCUGAAAACAUCAUCUUGUACGGCCAGAGCAUCGGCACCGUGCCAACUGUCGACCUCGCUGCUCGAUACGAGUGUGCUGCCGUCAUCCUGCACUCACCGCUCAUGUCGGGACUCCGGGUGGCCUUCCCAGAAACACGCAAGACCUACUGCUUCGAUGCCUUCCCCAGUAUCGACAAAGUGUCCAAGGUGGCGUCUCCGGUGCUGGUGAUCCACGGCACCGAGGACGAGGUGAUCGACUUCUCCCACGGCCUGGCCAUGUACGAGCGCUGCCCGCGAGCCGUGGAGCCCCUCUGGGUGGAAGGUGCCGGCCACAACGACAUCGAGCUCUACGCCCAGUACCUGGAGAGACUCAAGCAGUUCAUUUCUUUUGAGCUGGCCGCCUCCUAAGGGAGCGCCGUCUCUCCUCGCUCCGCUCCCUUCUUCUCCUUCCCUCCCAGGCACCAGGACUUAAUGGAUGACAUUAUUUCCCACCAACCCUUGAGCAAUUUCAGGAAGUGGAGUUGUUCUCGACGGUUGGCUGAGCGAGGUAGACGUCCGACACUCUGGUGCUCCCUCACGUGGACUGGGCCUGACUUCCGUCUCUCUUUCACUGCUCUGUCUGUCGCCCUCCUGAUUUUAAGUGUUUUCAUCUUUGGACCUACUUUUUCUUUGCACCUUUUAGACUUUUUUUUUUUUACUCGUAGUUACUGUAAAUUAUGAAUCAGGUUAAUGAAACUGACGCGCAGAUGAUUCCAGGUGAUGUUUUUGUUUUUCUGGACAUUCCUUGUUUUCCUUUGCUGCGACUGAAGUAUGUUGGCUGGUGAAGAGUACUGCCAAGCCACUUGUGACCCUAAUACAUGGUGCUCCCUCAAACACAUCAUGUCACGGUUAAGGUGACAGUUCCCAUAAAUCCUGAUGCCGGAGCUUCAGGCAGGAUCAAAAACACCCCCACACCAGUGGAGACGCCCGAGUUAAGGCGAUGCUCCCAUGUCCACCUGGUGAGAACUUGAAUAGAAACCACUGUCCACCUGAGUUCUCCACUGUAUCACUCAAUUCCAAGUGAUGGCCUCUCCAUCGCAGAGGUCUUUACACCACCAUUGUUUGGUCAAUUACAAACCAAUGUCAAGAAGUUUCUGGGCUGAAGUGAAACAAUCCAGAAGCCUAUUGCAAGAGGUCUAUAUGGAAGGACUUCAGUUGGGAACACUAUGGUCCUGAAGAAAUGAACUCAGGCUUUAGGAGUCUGGGUUGCUCAGAGGGGGCC